AUGCAUUGCAUCAUGGUGCAGGCAGGCACCCUGAACUGCAUUGGCUCAGGCCCAGACUGGGGGUGUGUUCCAGAGUGGGAAGAAGCUGCUUUCAGGGGUGAGAGAUGCUCACAGUCAGAGUCUUGCACCUUCCACUCAGAACUGCUGCUUGCACUCCUCUUACUGAGACUUGAGGGAAGGGAGGGAGACCUGCAUGUGCCCCACAGCCCUGCGCUGUGCUCAUGUGUAAAUAAAGAACCCCCCUGCCCCAUCUGCCCUGUUGUGCAGGGGGCUGGAUGGCAGGGCGGGGGCCGUGCGAAUCUCUCCUGCUCCCCGGGUUUUGUCCACCUCGAGUCCUGUCUUAAAGAUUACCUAUGCACCCCAGAGGAAAACGUUUACAAAAUAGACUUCACCAGGUUUAAAAUCCGGGACAUGGAAUCGGGCACAGUGUUGUUUGAAAUCACCAAGCCAGCAGCAUCAGAGCGUGAACACAAUGACAAGAAGGACAUUGACCCCAACGCGGGGCGCUUUGUGCGCUACCAGUUCACCCCAGCUUUCCUUCGCCUGCGCCAGGUGGGGGCCACGGUGGAAUUCACAGUAGGGGACAAACCCAUCAAUAACUUCCGCAUGAUUGAGAGGCAUUACUUCCGCGAUCAGCUGCUGAAGAGUUUUGACUUUGAGUUUGGGUUCUGCAUCCCCAGCAGUAAGAACACGUGUGAGCACAUCUAUGAAUUCCCACAGCUCUCGGAGGAUCUCAUUCGAGAGAUGAUCCUCCAUCCAUACGAGACACAGUCGGACAGUUUCUACUUCGUAGAUAACAAGCUGGUGAUGCACAACAAGGCAGAUUAUUCAUACAGUGGAGGACCUUGAGAGCGGGAUGGACAGCCAACCUGGGCUGGCCUUUGCUUUCCAAUUGAAGUCAUCAGGGACACCAACACCUUCGGUUCAGUUGCCUACAACGUCAGCUGGACACGGAUCCACAAACCAAGGACUCUGCCACAGUAGGAGUUUCAUGACCAAACUGGCCAGCCUCAUCUCUUUGAGCAGACCCAGAUCUUCAGAGCUCUGAGCGGUUCUACGCAAACUGUGGAUGCCACUUCCCUAUGUUCUUCAGGUGUCUGCUUUGAACAUGGCCUUGUGGGGCCUGUGGGAUUUUGCAGAUCUGUCUACUUCCCUCACGUAUCCUUUGGGACCCGCUGGUUUCAGAAAAAGCAAUUUGAGAAAUGCAAUGUGAGUGGAUGGAUGCGAGCGCAGAGUUUUGGUUGCUCGGCUCUUGUUGUGAAUGCUUCAAAAGCACGGCCAGUUUUAACCUGUACAUCCAGCUGAAAACCUUACAGAAUCAAGUUUCAUCUUUUGGAUUGUUGCUCUAAAUAAGCAUCUCAUCCCUUUGUUUUGCUCCUUCUGUAUAAUGGCUUUGAAAUCUUGGCAGCAAUGAAACAUGCCGUGAAGACCGCUAGUUUCAUCAGGUACUGUGCUGCAUUUCAGAUGGAAGAACAUAGUGUUGGGUGUCUACAAGCCCUCUAAACAUCCUCCAUUAAUUUCAGUUUCUGCAAACUGAAUCCAGAAUAGUCUGGCCAAAAAAAAACAAACAAAAAAGAAAAGGAUUUUAGCUUUAUUUAACACUUUUACAUAGCUACCAUUCAGCUUGUCCGUGCUACGUGUCAUACGUGUCUAUUUCUUUAAUCUGUGCUCAACACUAAGACAAGGGCUUCAGCAAUGCUCGUUAGAGCAACACUAAUUUGUCCAAGGCAGUCAGAAAGUGUGGAAUGUCUAAUCUCUCAUUUGUAUCUGAAUUUGAAGUGUGCUAUGUCAGCGUUUUCCCUUUGUUUUGCACUGGGUAUGAAUACAGGUGAAGCAGCAGCUCUAAUAAUGUCAGGCUUUAAGCCUUCUCUGUAAGAAGUUUAAGAACAACCUUGCACAAGUUUCUCAGGAUGCACUUCUUAGGAAGGUAAUAGUGCAAUGAAGUAGCAGUGUCAAUAGCAUAGUGCAUGCAAAACCAAACCUGAGAAGGUUGUGCAGGGUCAAAGCUUCCCUCCUUCAUUUUUCCCAAUUGCCUGUUGUCAUGAAACCCUUACUCUAAAGAUCAGUGAUAGUUUAAAAGAGGAAAAAAAGGCAGUUGCAGUCUGUAGAUAUUCCUAUAAAUACUUGAUGUCUCCAUGUCUGUUCCUGUGAGUUGAAGUGGAAUGUUCAAUGUUAGCCUCAGAUUCGUGUGAUUGUACUAAUUUUUAUAAAACACCAUUUCCAGUCGUGAUGAACCUCUCCUUGGUCGCAGCUGAAGUCAAACAGGAGAACUACGAGUGGUUGCAGAUGGGAUGUAAGAGCAGGGAGGCUGCGUGCUGUUACUGGGAGAUGGCUGUCAGCUGUGGGGACGUUUUGUAGCAUCACAGAACCGUUCAGGUUGGAAAGGAGCUCUCAGAUCCCCAAGUCCAACCCCAACCCACCCCACCAUGCCCACAUCCUCCAGUGCCACAUCCCCAUGGUUCUCCAGCACCUCCAGGGGUGGGGACUCCAUCACUUGAAGGAUUCCAUUUUCUAAAGAAAAUACAAUGAUUUUGGGUUACAGCUUUUUUUUUUUUUUAAGGUUGAUUGUUAAGAAAGUGUGUAGAAACCACUGUUCUGACACGGCUGCUAUCAAUCAGUAAUUCUUAUCACGAUGAGAUUUGUAUUUAUUGCUGCUUUUUGUUGGUAAUGUAUAAAACUCAACAUCUUGGCUACGGCUGUUUGAGGGUUGCAAAGCGUUUCCUCCGUAUUUGUAUUACGCUUUGAGCUACGGAUCAGCAAGUUUUAUAGCACAGUAAUGAUUAAAGUUGAGAACAGUUCCAAAAGUCUAUGUCCUCCCCACCCUUUUUUCCCUUCAUCUUUAUAUUCAGUGACAUCGUGCAGAUUUGAGCGUUGGUUUUGUUUCGACUCUGGAGUGAGCGAAUUGAAGACAGAAGAGCGUCUGUGAGUGGCACCCUGUGCAGUUGUAGGUGUUGCUUAUUUGUUUUAAUCACUCCUAUCUCUCAGCACUUUCCUGCUGUUCAUCAUAAUCACUUCUAGUGAUGGUGCUUGGCCAGAAUUGCCAGUCUUACCUUCCAAACAGCUCUGUUGUCUUCGUGUAUUCCUUUAUUUUGGUGCAGACUCUCAUCAGUCUUGGGUUAUCCAACCGAGCAUCUUUGUACGUUGACCAAUGUGCAAAGCGUUGUUUGCCGAGCUCUCUGAGUCGUGUUCUGGUCCCUUUUAAUGCUGCCUCCCUUUAUAGGAGUUCAAAAACGGAAGUAAUUUCAUGAAAAGAAUAAUGCUGUAAUCAGCUCAGUAGGUCCCUACAAGAAAAGAACAUGAAGUUGCAUUUUUCCCCGUAGUUCCCAACAGUUCUGUUGAAUGGACUUCCUGACAUCCCGCAUCAGGUGGUUCAACACAAGAGGACAAACUAUCCGUGCUGCUCUCUGUCCCCAGGUCUGCUUGCUGUUCUGCUAAUUGAGAUUGGAUGGCUCGUAAUUUCAGGCUAAUAGAAAAUUCAGUGUGAGUCACAUGGGAGAUGUUUUACUACAUGUGUUUUGUUUUCUAAUGAUAGGAGUGCUUUAAACCUGGAGAAAAGUGUGGGGCGUUUUCAAUAACAUCAAUUCCAACCUAUUGAACUUUCAGAGCAAGGUCUGUUCCCUUUUCAUUUCUUUCUAUUUUUAUUUUUUUUUUUUGAAGCCUCCACAAUUUCCUACAAAUAAAUUCCUAUUCCUAAGCCAAUGGAAACAACAGGACUUUCCUGUGGGAUAUGCAAUGGAGGUCCUUUUGUGUUUCCCAUUGCCACGGUUACCAUUAUGGCUCCGUUUCCCAUGCAAACAUGUUUGCAUUUAUUUAAAAUCUCCACUCACACUAUUUACAAACAUGGAAAAUAUUGACCAGGAGGGAGUUUCCUUUAUGCUGCUGCACAACCAGAUGGAAAUCUACGCUGUUGACUUGGGAUGCGCUGCUUUUGCCCACGAGCAGCACCAGAAUGAUGAUUUUAUUUUUCUCAUUUUCAAAAUGAUUUUAAUUAUUUAGCGCUGUUUGAAUGAACCAGAGUGGAAAAUUCUGGCUUUCUGAAUGAAAAAAAAACAAACAAGCCACAUCAAAAUCCAACCUAGAUUAUGUUAGCAGUGAGUCGUUGCCUCUCGCCAUGUGACGUCGACUAGAUGUGUACUGGUAGUGAAUUAACCUGAGGUGAAGAAGUGGGUGCUAAUAGUGUCCUUUUUAAAAAACAAUAGGGAAGUUAUAUCCCAAACUUUCUUAUUUUAUUUGAAAUUCACUUAAAUGUCAGAGUUUGCAAGGAAGAACAGUGGUAAAACGUUUGUGGUUCCCUGCAUGGUCCAAUAAUCCACAAACUUCAAAGGGAGAAAUAGAAUGAUUUAUUUUCAAGAACACACCAAGAAUAGUUUAAAUUUCAGGAGUUUUGUUCUCCUGUCAUUGAGCAAAGCCUAAAUUAUUACCAUCUAUGUAUAUAUAUGGUGAAGAUGUCCUUUAUAUCGUGACGUUUCUGAAUUAACUCCCCCUGAUGGGGAUUUAUCCCAUUCUUAAUGCAGAAAGUCUUUUCAGUUUUGGAAACUGUGUAAUGGCCAACAAAUGAAGAGCCAUCAGAACUGUGUGUGUUGUGACGGUCAUGAGAUGGGUUUACAUGCAUUGACUGGGUCAAUGGACCCAGUCCAUUGACUCUGGGGUAAGAAAAGCAGGGAGGGGGACAAGGACAGGAAAAAUGUUGAUGGCAGCUGAUUGGAGCCCAAAGUUUUGGUGGUGUUGCAGAUGUAAAUGCUUUUUCUCUGGCGUUUUGGAGUGGGCAAGGCAUUGGAAGUGGUGGAUGGUCCUUGAGGUCCCUUCCAUCCAUCCCAUGGUUAUGCCAGCAGCCCUUUUUUCUAUGCCCAGCACAGGUGUGAUGACUAUGGAGCACUGUUUAUACAAAUGUUCCCCUCCAUGAAAUCUCGUUGGCUGUUCAUCUCAUUUUCUAAGCACGGAACUGUAUCAGAAGAAUGUGAUGCUCACUUAAUCUGAUAUCACAGCCUGACUGAGGGUGGAAUUGUGUGUCUGUAUCUGUUCUGUAGUAACUGCCUGCCUAGAAUCACUGUGUUAAUGCCCACUGUGCUUUCUGCUCGCACCCCAAUGCUACACUGAGGAACCCUGUUUGAAUGUGACAUUGACUAUUUCUUUUUUUGCAUAGAGUCAGGAUUGUCUGUAUUAAAAUGUAUUUAUAUAAAAAAAUUAUAUAUAUCUAUAUAUUUUUUGUGGAAGGAGAGUAGGAUUCUAAUUAUUAUGCCAUUGAGAAAACAUUAGGAGCAUUUUUAUCCAGUUCAUUUAUAAUUCUUUGUACCUUCUGGGGCAGUGAGGAACCGGUUGGAAACGAAGGUAAAAAAGGAACAUUGGCAAUGAUUCCACUGUUGUGGCUUUGGUUUCCAUCUGCUUGACUUGUUUGCGGAUGGAUAAAGGGGGAGAACAAAGAUUGAGGCCACAAUUCAGUCUUCCUGUAGGAGGAGAGAACUGCGAUCUAACCUACGCAAGGACGGGGCAGGGAUGGACACUUGCUGACUUGAAUAUUGGCAGUUUAGACAUAAAUGUGCAUCUAGGCAAUAUGCUUCAAUUUCUUUCAUGACCGAAGGAAAAUGGUUCAACGUGUCGCUCUCCUUAGCAAGUGUUUCCUCUCCUGUAACAUCCAAAAUGUAAAAAAAAAAUAAAUUUAAAAUGAA